AAAGGUGUUUCCAACCUCCUCGCGUUCCGCGAAAAUCGGGCGCUGUCGCGAGAACCCCCGUCGUGCGAAUCUUCGAUGCGCCCCGAUGUAUUCCCGACUGCUGACGAGGAUUUGCGAACGAUCCUCGUGUCGCGCGUUGACCGACAUCAGAACCCAAGUCAGCAGACUGAGCCACGUCGUGGUUAAAAAUGAGGAAUCGACGGAGAUCGUCUCGGCGAAAUUUCCCGACUUCAAGGUGAUCUACACGUUUCCCCGCAUCACACUCGUCAGUGCCGUGAACAAAAUAAAACGUCACUUCACGAUGUUCGCCUCCCUGACCGUACCGGCGGUUUACGCGCUUCACACGGCUGAGAUCCUGAGCACCGACAUGUCUGUCGCGACGGUAGCAGCUGGAGUUAUUUUGACCGUGUGGUUGCAUUCCCUCGGCAUUGUGUGCAACAAUCUGAUUGGUCACAUAUACUUGCAUCCCAGUAACGGAAUAGUGAUAUUAUCUUACGUGGAUUACUGGGGAAGAAGAGUGGAUCUCAAGAUCAGUCAGGUCAAUAUCCUCCCCGUGUCAGACAAUCAGUUCAGCGUGACCGACUAUCUGUUCAACAGAGUGAUGUUUUCCUCGCAAAAGUCAAAGCUAAAGAUACUCGUUAAACAGGGCCAAAUUUUCGACACUCAAGCUCUUAGAUGUGUUCUAGGAAUGGUAAUUUGAUAAUAUACAUAUAAAUUUAUUUAAUGUACAUAGUUUGUAUAAAUAAGUGCCACGUCAAACAA